AUGGCGCCAGCCGGUCAUGCAAAAGAUAUCCCUAUCUUGAUAAGUGAUGACGAUGAGAUGGAGCAUGAUUCUCCUUCAUACUCUCCAGCUACUCACUCCAAUUACCACUUUGAUGCAAAUCAAAUGACUCAGCAACCCAUGACAGCUACGUCUUUGAACCAUCCUACCAUUGAUGAUCCUUUGAAUGGUGCCAUUAAGGCUAAUGGUUCAGUCACAGCAACUCAGUCAAAUGACCAUUGUAAUGCAAACCCUCCUAUUAAUGCAACUGAGGAAAAAUACCCUUUUAACGCUGACAUAUUCAUACCGAUUCCGAUCAAGAGAAAUGACAAUCCCAUGACUCAUGAGGAUUCUGCUAUUUUAGAUCCCUUUGUAGCUCGUGGGUUGAUCGACACUUCUAUGUUACCCGUCGACAGGGGCUUGUUUGACUGGAUCGAUGAUACUUGCGUCGUUCUGGACAAAGUGAAGCAGUGUAGCUUUGAGAUGCAAGCUCUCCUUCGCCGAUCACAGAUUUUGCACAUGCAAGAGGUAACCGGAAAGGAUGCUAGAAUCGCAGGGCUUUGUGCAACAAUAGCCGAAAAGAAUGCUAGAAUUACAAAACUUCGCGAUACACUAGUUGACAGAAACUUGGAGUUGUAUCAGAAAGAACAAUGGUUGUUCGAGGAAUAUACCAGGAACGAGAAGUUGGAGAUGGAAAGUAAAGAUGGUGUCGGUAUCGAAGAGGAACUAAGGAUCACCAAGGAGAAGCUCAAAGAAGCUGCUGAGUUUGCGUACAACUACGAUCCUGAGGAUGACGACUACGAGCCAGAGGAGAUAAGCUCUAAACAAGAAUGA